AUGAGGGAAGUGAGGCCGAAUGAGACAGACUCACGGAGUAGUCAGUCCGUUUCUGCCAUAUUGUUAGUGGACAGCAUGCUAACGCAGACACGGCUUAACGUCUCGCCCUCGGGUCAACUCAUCUUCUACCGACCCAAUCCCCUACCAAAAUAUCCUCUCUUGGACCGCCCCAUCCCAUGGCCCAAGCUCUGCUGCCAUAAUGACACGUCGAUCCUCAAAGCUCCAGAGCUAAACGCCAAUGUCCCUCUUCUUCAGCUCCCAGAUGAGCUUCUGCAAUCAAUCCUCCGCUCUGUUGUUCAGAAGCCCUUGGAGUUUGCACUGGGAUAUGAUGCGUAUUGGGAUGUCUACUGGGACUCGAUCACAGAAGAUGAUGUACCCAACUGGGGACCGGAAAAGGGUUGGGCUCGACAAGCAAGCUUUACCAAAUUACAGUUUUACAACUUACAUGCACGGCCAGAAUCUGUAAAAGUGUUCCUCGAAUGGCCGAAGGAACUCCAUGAGUUUACCAUAACGUUGGCAGGAAACACGGAGUAUCACGAACCGAACCCUGCAUUUCGCUGGAACCACAAUCGUCUUGCCGAUGUUCUAUCAUCCCAGAAGGAUUACCUUCGAGUCCUUGAUGUCGGCUGGCUAGGCCACGAUCGCGACCAAAAUGGCUUCCCAGUCUCUACUUUUCAGAAUCUACACACCAUGGCUUUAUGCAUAGCAUAUAAAAAGCCUAGUGAAGAAAGCUGCCAAAAUUGGCUGACUCCCUCUUUGCAUACACUUAUUCUCGAUCUACAUGACAGUGGCCAAUGCGGCCCCUCUUCCUUUCGCUGUAUGGACAAAGGUAAUGCUCAACGCAUCAUAGAGGAGACGAUGCUUGGAGGGAGGAGGAUGAACCUGAUUGAUUUCGGGCUCAUCCGUAUCGCCAAGCCGGGCCUAUCGAACGGGUUCCUAGUUGACUAUGCAUAUUUACACAGCAUAUAUGACGUUUUGUGUCUCUGA